UGGGUUAAUUGGCCUCUGGAAGUUGCCCAGAGUGUGUCGGGAGUGGGUGAGAUAGUGGGGUAACAUGGAACUAGUGUGAGCAGAUGAGUAAUGGUCAGCAUGGACUCUGUGGGCUGAAGGGCCUGUUUCCAUGCUGUAUCUCUAAACUAAACUGGACAGGGGUGGGGAUAAGUGUUGAAUGUUUGAACUGUGGAAUAUUGGCCAGGACCCUGAUCUUUAUAUAGUGCCAAAGGAUUUGGUGGAGAUGCAUGUUUCUGCAAUAGAUUGACUGGGCCUUAUAUUGGCUGGAAUUUAGAAGGAUGAGAGGCAAUCUUAUAGGAACAUAUACAAUUCUCAAGGGAUUGAACAGGCUAGAUGCAGGAAAAAUGUUCCUGAUGUUGGAGGGGGAGUCCAGACCCAGGGGUCACACAGUUUAAGAUUAAGGGGUCAGCCAUUUAGGACUGUGAUGAGGAAAAUCUUUUUCAGCCAGAGAGUUGUGAAUCUGUGGAAUUCUCUGCCACGGAAGGCAGUGGAGGCCAAUUUACUGGAUGUUUUCAAGAGAGAGUUAGAUAGAGGUCAUCGGGCUAAUGGGAUCGCAGGAUAUGGGGAGAAAGCAGGAACGGGGUACUGAUUCUGGAUGAUCAGCCAUGACCAUAUUGAAUGGUGGUGCUGGCUCGAAGGGCUGAAGGGCCUACUCCUGCACCUAGUUUCUAUGUUCCCUUAUUGUAUAAAUGCAUCUAUGUGUGUGUCUCUCUCUCUCCUCCUGCCAGUCCCACUGGAUGUGACCUUCUUCCAGGGUAUAAUAUCGAUGAUUUAACUUCACCGCAUCUCGAGUAGAAUUCUCUGUCUUUUUUUUUUGCAGUGUCGAAAAAAAUGAUUUCAAAUAAAAGUCUGGCCAGCAAAAUGGAGAAGCCAGUUGCUGUACUCUGGGGUUGCGAGCUGAACACCACACAGAAGACACAGAAGUUUGUGUUUGCAGAAGAUGAUUCUGACGAACAUCACUUGGUCUUGAAGACGAUAUGUUUGGGUGCCGGUACAAAGGAUGAACUGAAUGUCGUGGAAAUAGUACCAGAGGAUGGGAGUCUGCCAGUCCCCAUUGCCUCUCUACGCCUCUCCUCCUUGCCCAUGGUUGUCAUUAGUGGCAUAGAACUGACCUCGCCUGUAACCUUCAGACUGAAGUGUGGGUCUGGUCCAGUCUACUUAAUGGGGGAGAACAUGAUAUUGGAGGAUGAGACGUGGGAAGCGGGGGAUGAGGAAGAGGAGGCGGAAGAGGAGGAGGAGGAGGAGGACCUUGAGGAGGAAACUCCGCCAAAGAAAGUCAAGAGGCCGGCGCCCACCAGGAAAACCGGACUUUCCAAGAAGAAACGAUUAGACACGGACAAGGCAGAAGCAGUAUCAGGCGAUAAGUUGCCAGCCACGGGAAAGGAUUCCAAUAAACCUAAAUCAGCCAAAAACUAACAGCUUGUGGAUUUGAAAUGGUCAUUCACGGACACGAGGGGAUUCAACUUAUUUUUGUACCGAUGGUGAAAAUGCAUUGAAAUAAAGUUCAGAACUCAUUCACUUUGUCUGGCUGGUGUGUGCAGUAAACUGAUGAGCAUCCAAUAGGCUGUAACACAGCCAAGUUUUUAAUGCUGUUAACUCUUGGCUGAAGGAAAUGCACUUAAUUAUUUUUAAAGUUCUUUUUUUGAAGUUCUAACGUUUGGGGAAAAUCCCUUUAGUCAGGAUCUGUAACAGAAGAGUUGAGAACUCCACAACUCUGCUGUGUAACAUUUGAACUAAAGUAUACUGAUCCCCCACCAUUGUUCAAGGGUUGUGCAGCGGUAGAGUUGCUGCCUCACAGCGCCAGAGACCCAGGUUCGAUCCUGACCACGGGUGCUGUCUGUACGGAGUUUGUACGUUCUCCCCGUAACCUGCGUGGGUUUUCUCCAAGGCCUUCGGUUUCCUCCAACACAACAAAGACGUGCAGGUUUGUAGGUCAAUUAACUUGGUAUAAAAAUGUAAAAUUGUCCCGAGUG